AAGCUGACUCACAUUUCUUUGUACCUAGCAAGAAAUUUCAGGGAACCAUCGUUUCACAAAUAAAAGCCAUCAUCAUCACCAUCGUUCCAGCUAAUUUGCAUCAUCACAGUUCAUAUUUAAAAACAGUUGCUUUGGAAGCAUUGAAAGAGAGACUUUAGCUGGGAGUGGCUAUGGAAUUCAUCUGGGAGGCUGCCAAGUAUACAUGGGCUCAAUACGACUAUGGUAGUAACCUCAAAGAGAAUCUUGAAGUUCUGAAAACCCAAAUGCGAGAGUUGAGAACCCGAGAAUCCGAUGUAAAGAAUGAACUGAACACGGCGAAGGUAAUGCAUGGAAAGAAGCCAAAGGGAGAGGUGACUUUGUGGCUAGAAAAUGUGGAAAAGAUUACAAGCCAAAUGACCACGAUAAAAGAGGAUUAUAGACAAGUAGGGAGACAUUUCUUACGCUCACCUGUAACAUUGGGAAAGCUUGUCGUAAAGAAGAUUGAAGAGGUGGCGAAGCUCAGGGAGAAAGGUCGAUUUUCAGAAGGGUUAUUUGCUCAUCUAUUACCUGAAAUGGGAAAUAUGCCCACUACGAAACUAGUGGGUAAAACGACAGCUGAAAGAAAUUUGGAAAAGAUUUGGGAGUCCUUGAUGGAUGAUGAAGUCAGAAGUAUUGGUGUCUAUGGCAUGGGGGGUGUGGGCAAGACGACUAUCAUGACCCACAUCCACAAUAGAAUAUUACAGAGCUCUGGAAUAUUUGGCAUUGCCAUUUGGGUGACCGUAUCUCAGGAUGCUAAUAUUGAGAGACUGCAAAAGGAUAUUGCAAUAGCUAUAGGAUUGGAAUUUUCCCAUGAAUAUGAUGAAAUAAGAAGGUCAGUGAAAUUGUUUCAGGCUCUGAAGCGUAGAGAGAAGUUCAUUAUCAUCUUAGAUGAUAUGUGGAAAAAAAUUUCCCUUGAAAAGGUAGGGAUUCCUGAAGGCACUACAUGCAAGAUAGUGUUGACUACUCGAUCAAAAAACGUGUGCCGAAGCAUGAAUUGCCAAAAAACAAUUCAAGUAGAAGUACUUUCAAGAGAAGAAGCAUGGGAAUUGUUCAAGAGCAAGCUUGGGGCUGAUGUGGUGCUUUCUCCAGAAGUAGAACAGAUUGCAAAGCUUGUGACUGAAGAAUGCGAUGGUUUGCCACUUGGAAUCAUCACAGUAGCGAGUGCAAUGAGAGAAAAGGAUGACAUUAGAGAAUGGAGAAAUGCAUUAGAGGAGUUAAAAUGCUCAACGACAGAGAUCGAAGGCAUGAAUGAUGAAGUUUUUCCAAUUUUGAAAUUUAGUUACGAUAGACUAAAAUCUGAGAGUGUUCGAUCUUGUUUCUUGUAUUGUGCUUUAUUUCCAGAGGACUAUGAAUUCUCUCCUGAUGAGCUGAUAAGGUAUUGGAUGGCAGAAGGAUUGAUAGAUGAUAUGGGAGACAGGGAAAAGGAAAUCGACAAAGGCCACACAAUAUUAAACGGACUGAUAGAUGUUUGUAUGUUAGUAAGGAGGUUUGGUGAGUGUAUAAUAAUGCAUGAUUUAAUAAGAGAUUUGGCCAUCGGCAUUACAAGGAAGAGCCCUCGGUUUGUGGUCAAGGCUAGGAUCCAAAUAAGGGGAUCAAUUGGGAUAGAAGAAUUUCCUGAAGAUGCUGACAGAAUUUCAUUGAUGAGAAAUGUAAUUGAAAUGCUUUCAGGCGAACCAAACUGCCCAAAACUCUCCACAUUGUUGUUGAGAGAGAACCCUCUCUCAGGCAACAUUUCUCAUGAGUUCUUCAAUCGCAUGAACAGCCUCAGAGUUCUCGACCUCUCUGACACUCAGAUUAAGUAUUUGCCAGCAUCAGUUUCAAACUUGGAGAACCUGCAUGCACUCUUAUUAAAUGAUUGUAUAAGGUUAAGGGAGGUACCGUCCUUAGCAAAGCUGAAGCGUCUAAGAAUUUUGAACCUCUUUGAUACUGACAUCAAAGAAGUGCCAGAUGGUAUGGAAUGUUUGGUUAACCUUAAAGAGCUUUAUGUUCAGUCUGCUGAAGAGGCAAAUGUUGUUGGUUGUAAUUCAUUAGUGCUUCCUGAUAGUAUUGUCAAGUUGGAGAUGCAUGAUUGCGAUCUGUCAAGCUUACCCUGCCUCUCUCACUUGCAACGCUUACAGACAUGUGACAUCUGGUCCUGUAGUAGCAUGAAGUGGUUGUUGCCAAUAAGAGACGACAGCACCAUAACGUCUUUACCCUCAAUACGGGCACUGAGUCUAGAAGAGCUUCCGAAUUUGAGGGGUCUGUGUGAGGGAGUCUUGCUACCUGGCUCAUUCGCAUCCCUCACACACAUGACUGCCCACGGAUGCCAUGUAUUGGAGAAUCUCAUGUCACUUGAAUUGUUUCAGCACCUCCAAUGCCUCGAAUACAUUGAUAUUCAAGGAUGCAGUGAGAUGGAGGAGGUGAUAAAAGGAGGAGAAGAAGCUAUGGUUGAAGAAGAAGGUUAUAACAGCAUCAAUAACGAUACUAUCCUACUCCCUAACUUGAGGUUUUUUCAAUUGUUUAAUUUAGGGAAUUUGAAAAGCAUUUGUAAGCAGGUAAUCAUUUGCCCUUCCCUGAAAUGGAUUGUUAUAAAAGGUUGUCCUCGGCUGAAGAAGAUCCCUCUUUCCUUGGGCAACUCAACAUCUGAUGUGGAAGGAAAGAUACAAGGAAGCAAAGAAUGGCGGGAUGCAUUGGCGUGGGAUGAUCACAACACCAAAAGACUCCUCCGACCUCUUUUUGAAGAAGAAGAAGAAGAAGACGAAGACGAAGAAGAAGAUGAAGACGAAGAAGACGAAGAAGGAGAAGGACGUGGAAUGAAAAGAAGAGCAGAAGAAGAUUUAGAAGAGGUUGCUUCGACUUCACGGCAGUGGUAAUCUCCUCAUUAGAAUGGACUUUGGAUUUUUAUUUUAUUUUUUUCUUGUAAAUUUGGUAUUUUAAAUUUAAAACAAGUAUGGUUGGGAAAUGUAUUGUUAGUAAGAAUGGGUUGUGUUCUUCUUCUUCUUCUCUCUGUGUGUUUAUGUAUUAUUAGUGAUUAGCAGAUGGAUGUAUUAUUGGAGUUUACCCAUCUAAUAAGAGGUAAAGCAUUUUUGUGUGAGACAAACUUUAUAUAUAUCAAAUCCAUACCAUUUUUGUGUCA